AUGGCAUAUAAAAUAAAAAUUUAUAUGACAAUUAACUACAUAACUAAUAGAAGUGCAAAUAACAACAGACAUUUGCCGUUAAUAACAUUGCUUUCUAUAAUGUUCUGUACGGUUCCACUAGCAUAUUGUCACAUUUGUAUGGAGUUUAAUAAAAUAUGCCCAGUAAAUUUUCGAACCAAUAGAUUACAUAAAAUUUCAUUUGUGUACAAUCAUUCAAAAUCAAGCAUUUUACAAAUCAUAACAAUGGUAGAUACAAAAAAACCACGCCUAACAAAAUCUUAUAAUCAAAUAAGCAAUGAAUUAACUAAUUAUUCAACAAAUAACUGUAACAAACCCUUUAACAUACCAUAUUUUGCAAUUUCUGAAAUAAAAAUCCAAUUCACAGAUAAAGAGAACCAACUGAUAGACUUCCUAAAGGGCUGUCUAGCACAUUAUAAAAUUGAAACUGUAUUAAGGAUUGCUGGAGGUUGGGUUAGGGAUAAAAUUUUGGGCUACAAUUGCAAUGAUAUAGAUAUUGCUCUUAGUAAUAUGACUGGAGUGGAAUUUGCCAAUUUGCUCAGCGAAUAUAACAUGAAACAUUCUGGUAGAUCAAUAGGUUUUGGAGUGAUUGAAAAGAGGCCAGAACAUUCAAAACAUUUAGAAACAGUUGCACUACAGAUUGGAGGAUUACAAGUCGAUUUUGUCAAUUUGCGACAUGAUUCAUACACGUCUGAUGAUAAUCGCAUACCGGAAAUUCGUAUAGGUACAGAAAAGGAGGAUGCCUACAGAAGAGAUUUCACAGUAAAUUCUCUAUUUUACAACAUAAAUACGGGUCAAUUGGAGGAUUUUACGGGCAUGGGUUUGGAUGAUCUUAGAAAUGGAAUAAUCCGAACUCCGCUUGAUCCAGUUGUUACUUUUUUGGAUGAUCCCCUAAGGAUCGUUAGAGCAAUUAGAUUUGCCACAAGAUUUGGCUUCCAACUGACUGAUCAAAUCAUUGAUGCGUCUAGCAAAUCAGAGAUUACGAAUGCCUUUAUGAAAAAGGUUACAAGGAGUAGAUUGAGUAAUGAAAUAUAUAAUAUACUAGUUAAAAGUGAUCAGCCCCAAUCAUUUCACCUUCUAAACAAAUUUAACCUGUUACCUUGGUUAGCAGAGCUGCCCAAAGGUGUAAACUAUACGAUUGACAUUUCAAAUUUAACACAUUCUAAUCAGUGGAUCUCCAAGGGCAUAAAAUAUAUGUACAUUGGCAAACAAUUGUCUACAAAUUCUAGAAAUAAACUACCUUUUGCCACAAUUUCUAAUGAAAUAAUUGACAGCUUCUACAUAGCAUUGUUUGUUAAACCAAUAUCUACCAUACAGUACUAUAAUAAAAUAAAACCCAUAGAUCUAACUGACUAUGUAAUAAAAGAAUCACUUAAACUUCGCAAAAGACACUACAUUCAGUCAAAGGAAUUAAAUGCCAACUCAUUAUUAUUUAAAACUUACAUAGAUGAUAUUGACAGUUUGGAUAAAGUAGAACGUGGCGAAUUGGGUUAUAUGAUAAGAACCUGCGGCAAAUAUUGGAAAGAAUCAUUUUUUAUAAACUUUAUUACAUAUAUAUAUGAUAAUAGUAAAAAUAAUGAUUAUCAAUCAUUAUUAAAUAAUAUUGACAACUAUGCUGAUAAACACAUAAAACUAUACAACAAAAUAAUUGAUAUGGGCUUGGACAAAGCACACGAAAUACAGCCAAAACUUAAAGGCGACGAUAUCAAAAAGUUACUGCCAAAAAUAACAUGUGGCACUGUUUUUAAGGAGGUCAUUAUUAGUCACAUUAAAUAUCUACUACAAAAUCCCAAUUGUACAAUAGACGAGGCUUGUAACUAUCUGAAGAAUGAAUAUAAAUAUUUUGUAUAA